GCGGCCGCUCCGGGCUGAGCAGACGCAGGGAGCGUCGGCAGCGGCUCCGCGGCUCCGUCCCUCCAUGCGCGGUGCCUGCGCAGCGCGGAGCGGCCCCAGGAUGCGGCCGGGGGAUGACUGAGGCGGGCGGUGCGGCGGUGGCCGCCGAGCCGCGGCGCCGCUCCGGAGGCAUGCGGGCGGCGUGGGGCUCCGUCUGGUGCCUGUGGCUGGCGGCGGCCGUCGGCGGGAUGCCGGCGGGGAGGCGGCGCGGAGGGCAGCCCGCAGAAUACUUGAGGAGUGAGACCGCCUUUCUGGAAGAGUUGGUGUUUGGAAGUGGAGAUACCAUUGAACUCACCUGUAACACCCAAGGCUCUUCUGUGUCUAUUUUCUGGUUUAAAGAUGGUAUCGGGGUUGCACCUACCAACAGAACUCAUAUUGGACAAAAACUGUUGAAGAUAAUCAAUGUGUCAUAUGAUGACUCGGGGUUGUACAGUUGCAAGCCAAGGCAUUCCAACGAAGUCCUGGGAAACUUUACAGUCAGAGUUACAGAUUCCCCUUCAUCGGGUGAUGAUGAAGAUGAUGAUGAUGAGUCAGAAGAUACAGGUGUCCCCUUCUGGACCCGGCCAGAUAAGAUGGAGAAGAAGCUGCUGGCAGUUCCUGCCGCCAACACUGUUCGCUUCCGAUGUCCAGCGGGUGGAAACCCAACUCCUUCCAUCUAUUGGCUGAAAAAUGGCAAGGAGUUCAAGGGAGAGCAUAGGAUAGGGGGCAUCAAGUUACGACACCAGCAGUGGAGUUUGGUGAUGGAGAGUGUUGUGCCAUCAGAUCGAGGAAACUACACUUGUGUUGUGGAGAACAAAUAUGGCAACAUCAGGCACACAUACCAGCUUGAUGUAUUGGAAAGGUCACCCCACCGACCAAUCUUACAAGCAGGGCUCCCUGCCAACCAGACUGUGGUGGUAGGGAGCAAUGUGGAGUUUCACUGCAAAGUCUACAGUGAUGCCCAGCCUCACAUCCAGUGGCUGAAACAUGUGGAAGUCAACGGCAGCAAAUAUGGACCCGAUGGGACGCCCUAUGUCACAGUGCUGAAGUCUUGGAUCAGUAAAAACGCUGAAGCCGAUGCUAACCUAAAUCUGUUCAAUGUGACAGAACAAGAUGAAGGAGAAUAUCUGUGUAGAGCCAACAAUUUCGUAGGCAUAGCCGAAAAACCAUUUUGGCUCCACAUUCGCAAACCAAAACCAGCGGAGGAGCUCAUGGAAAUGGAUGAUUCAGGCUCAGUGUACGCUGGCAUUCUCAGUUACGGCACUGGCUUUGUUCUCUUCAUCCUGGUGCUGCUCAUUGUGAUUAUCUGCAGGAUGAAAAUGCCAAACAAAAAAGCCAUGAACACCCCCACUGUACAGAAAGUCUCCAAAUUUCCACUCAAGAGAGAGGUAACAGUGUCGUUGGAGUCCAACUCUUCCAUGAAUUCCAACACACCACUAGUCCGGAUCACGCGUCUCUCCUCCAGUGAUGGGCCAAUGCUAGCCAACGUCUCUGAGCUGGAACUGCCUCCUGAUCCCAAGUGGGAAUUGGCACGCUCUCGCCUGACUUUGGGGAAGCCGCUCGGUGAGGGGUGUUUUGGCCAAGUGGUGAUGGCAGAAGCAAUUGGAAUUGAUAAGGACAAGCCAAACAAGGCCAUCACAGUUGCUGUCAAGAUGUUAAAAGAUGAUGCCACAGACAAGGACCUUUCUGAUCUGGUCUCUGAGAUGGAAAUGAUGAAAAUGAUUGGGAAGCACAAGAACAUCAUUAAUCUCCUUGGUGCCUGCACACAGGAUGGACCACUCUAUGUGUUGGUGGAAUAUGCGUCAAAAGGGAACUUGCGGGAAUACCUCAGGGCACGUCGCCCACCUGGCAUGGACUAUUCCUUUGACACCUGCAAGCUACCUGAGGAGCAGCUGACAUUUAAAGACCUCAUUUCCUGUGCCUACCAGGUGGCCCGAGGCAUGGAAUACUUGGCAUCUCAAAAAUGCAUUCAUCGCGACUUGGCAGCCAGGAAUGUGUUAGUCACUGAAGACAAUGUGAUGAAAAUAGCUGAUUUUGGCCUCGCUAGAGACGUUCACAACAUCGACUAUUACAAGAAAACCACCAACGGUCGGCUGCCUGUGAAAUGGAUGGCUCCAGAAGCUUUGUUUGACCGGGUCUAUACUCACCAGAGCGAUGUCUGGUCUUUUGGAGUGCUACUAUGGGAGAUCUUCACUUUGGGAGGGUCUCCGUAUCCAGGAAUUCCCGUUGAGGAACUCUUCAAACUCUUGAAGGAAGGCCAUCGGAUGGACAAACCCGCAAACUGCACCCAUGAUUUGUACAUGAUCAUGCGGGAAUGCUGGCACGCCGUCCCCUCACAGCGGCCCACCUUCAAGCAGCUGGUGGAAGACCUGGACAGGGUCCUCACCGUGACGUCCACUGACGAGUACCUAGACCUCUCGGUGCCCUUCGAGCAGUACUCGCCAGCGGGCCAGGACACCCACAGCACCUGCUCCUCCGGGGACGACUCGGUCUUGAGCUGUUCAGGGUAAACAAAAAGAAAAUUAACUUGGUUUUUUGUUGGGUUUUUUCCUGUUUGCUGUAUAAAAAGUCAAGAAGCACUGUUUGGCCUGAAGGAACUAAUCUCUUGCCAAGAUGAUCUAUCAGAUAUGAAUUUUUUUUUUCUUUAUUUUUCAUUUUUGGGUUGGUUUUUUUUUUUUCACUAAGCAGAAUGUUGAACCUGGGGGGUGCUGACCUUCCAGCCUCCGUGCUUGCGUUUCGAGUGCCAGAGUAGCCGUUCUGUGCCUACAAUACGAAGAAGAGAAAAAACAAAAUCUUCCUUUUUUAAAAAAAAAAACCACAAACAAAAAAAAAAAGGUGUAAAGAAUCUAGAAAUUCUUUGCUUAUGCAAUCUGUACAUGAACCUUUUUGGUGGAGCUGAAAAGCCACGUUGCCUGCAGGGAUUCAUAUAUUUAUAAAAAUAUCUAUAUUUUUGUUGUCGUCGUUUUUAUAGCUUCAUGAUUGUAUUACCCAGCUACGAUAGAAGGAAUCCUUUUUGGAAGAAGAAAAAAAAAAAAAUGAGUAAAAACGCAAAUCAUCAUGGAGAAAGGAGAAAAAAAAAAUAAAUAAAAAGAGACAGUAAAAGUCAUCUGAAAUGGCGUUUGGGCAGGCUCAGCGGCUGUUGGCCCUUGAGCUGGGAGCAGACCCCGGGGACGAGCAGAGACCUGCAGCAGCUGUGGGGUCCCCAGGGAGAAGAGCAUCACCCAUCUGAGAGCUGCGGGGGACCUGGCUCCUGGAUGCCCACAUGGCGUCUCAAGCUACAUCCUGACCUUUGGGAACAGCCAUUUUGGUGAAAAAAAAAAAUAUCGCUUUUUGGGAUUUGCUUAGUAUUGCUUACCAAGGGUGAGUGGGAGGGGAACAGCUCCUCCCUCCACCCCUCCACGCCAGCGGUUUGGCUCCAUCUACAUGCAGUGACUCGGAGAAAGAAGUUACGGGUACCUGUAGGCAAGAGCCUUUAACUUAUAUCAAAAAGGUUUAUUCCAGAGAAUCUGUGUAUAUAUCUAUAAAUAUAUCCUGUAUAUAUAUAAAUAAAUAUAUUAAAAAAAAAAGAAUGUAUAAUACUAAUGCAACAAAAAGCAGUACUGAGAGAGAGAGAGAGUGUCUCAAAGUACGAGCAUUGCAAUCUAGGAUAUACUGAUCUGGGUGAAAGAAAAGAGUUUGUUUGUUUGUUUUAUAUCUUCACAGUUUUGUUUUAAAAAUUGUACCUUAACAUGUAUAUUUGUAAAGCUAUUUAUAGAUAUUAACAUAUCUGUUCAUCGGUUUAAAUAGCGUAGCAUUACUGUAAACUUUAAAUUUCACCAAGCUUAAGGGUGUUUUUUAACUUAUUAAAAAUGGAGAAAAAAAUAUAUUAAUCAAGUUUUUCUUUUUUGUUUAUGGGAAAUAUUGAAAGAAUGUAUAGGUGUACAGUCCUUUAACAAAUUACAUUUAAUGUUAUAAAUAUAUAUAUAUAUAUAUGUAUUCAUUAAAAAAAAUAUUAGUUUAUCCUGGAUUGCAGUGAGCAGAGGUAAUUUUAUUUUUCAAUACAUCACCAGUGGUUAAAACCAAACAAAUAGCAGCAGAGAAAUGAUUUUUACAUGUUUCAGAAAAACAGGGCCAUGAAUUCUUCCAUCAGUUUAACCACUGUGCAUUAAGGGGGCGUGGGUGUUUAUUUUUCUAUUUUCAAAUGAAGGUAUUCUUUGUGGCCAACGUAAUAACAAGUAUGCAGCAAAACGAAGUGUUGACUUUGGAUGAUGCGGGGUAAUUUUUUUUUUCCCCUUUUGCCAGUACCGUUGUAUUUUGGGCUUCAGAAAUACCAUGUGCGCAAAAUAGCCAGAACAGUGACACUGUUUGCAGGAGAGGUGCAACGACUGCGUAUUUCUUUUUGCGUCUAACACAUUGGAAAAUGCCAGUGAUGUCUGAUUUUCUGUGUUCAAAAUGCUGUGCUGUUUUGUUCCUCAAUGUCAGAGAGCUGUUUAAAAGCACAGGAGUGACCUAGAGAAUAUUAGUGUGGAUCAAGCUGACAAGGAGGGAGAUUUGGGCU